AUGGCAAACUCCUUCACCCGCAUGAUGUCUGGCCGUAACACAGCUGUGAUUCUGGCCAGCAUGGGAGCUGGGACAAUGGCAACUGGAUACCUCCUCAGUGACAACUCUGCUGCUGCUGCUGCAGUUGCUGAGAGGAGGAGGCUCUAUCCACCCAGCUCUGAUUUUCCCGACCUGAGGAAGCACAACAACUGCAUGGCAGCAGCCUUGACCCCAACCAUUUAUGGACACCUGAGGGAUAAGGUGACCUCCAACAACUGGACCCUGGACCAAUGCAUCCAGACUGGAGUGGACAACCCUGGACACCCCUUCAUCAAGACUGUGGGCAUGGUAGCUGGAGAUGAGGAGAGCUAUGAGCUGUUUUCUGAGCUCUUUGACCCCGUUAUCAAGGAUAGACACAAUGGCUACGACCCUCGCGUAAUGAAGCACCCCACUGACCUGGAUGCUUCCAAGAUCACCUCAGGAAUGUUUGAUGAGCGUUAUGUGCUGUCAUCUCGUGUCCGUACUGGUCGUAGCAUCCGUGGACUGAGUCUUCCCCCUGCGUGCUCCCGCUCCGAGCGCCGUGAAGUGGAGCGUGUGGUUGUGACAGCUCUGUCUGGCCUAAAGGGAGACCUGACUGGUCGCUACUACAGCCUGGGAGAAUUGUCUGAGAAAGAGCAACAGCAGCUUAUUGAUGAGCACUUCCUGUUUGAUAAACCUGUUUCACCUCUGCUCACGGCAGCUGGGAUGGCCAGAGAUUGGCCUGAUGCUCGUGGGAUCUGGCACAACCACGAGAAGAACUUCUUAAUCUGGAUCAAUGAGGAGGACCACACAAGGAUCAUAUCCAUGGAGAGAGGAGGAAACAUGAAGAGAGUGUUUGAGAGGUUCUGCAGAGGUCUCAAACAGGUAGAGCAUCUAAUUCAGGAGAGAGGCUGGGAGUUUAUGUGGAAUGAACAUUUGGGCUACAUCCUCACCUGCCCCUCUAACCUUGGCACCGGGCUCCGGGCCGGUGUGCAUAUUCGCCUGCCCAACCUCAGCAGGGACCCUCGCUUCAAAAAGAUCCUGGAUAACCUGAGGCUACAGAAGAGGGGCACAGGAGGCGUUGACACGGCUGCUACUGGAGACACUUUUGACAUCUCUAACCUCGACCGUCUGGGAAAGUCAGAGGUGGAGCUGGUACAGUUACUGAUUGACGGUGUAAACUUCCUAAUUGAUUGUGAGAAGAGGCUGGAGAGGGGGCAGGACAUCAAGAUUCCCUCCCCCAUCCCCGCAUUCAGGAAGUGAGCGUCACCUCUGCUGGGAAUCCUGGAGUAGAGCAGGCGCUCCAACCGCUGGUCGUUAAACUGUUGGUCUUACAAGAUAUUCAUGGCAUGUAUAGCACUGUAAUGACUUACAUGCACAAUAAAUUCAUUACAUGUACAUGGAUUCUAAACAAUAAA